AUGGCGGAAAGACGUCUCCUUAGAGCGGUCUUCGUUAGAGGGGCCGAAAACCGUUUCCUUAGGGCCGAAAACCGUUUCCUUAGAGCCGAAAAACGUUUCACGACGACAAAUAACGUACAGGCAACACAUACACCCAGUAGCUGGCGCUGGCAAGAAUUUGGCGCGUUUAUAGGAAUACUUGCAACAAUGUUUGGAGGAUUCGGGUGGGCGAUGGACGCGAAAAUAGGAGGUUUAGACGCGAAAAUAGGAGGUUUAGACGCGAAAAUAGGAGGUUUAGGGGAAAGGAUGGACAGAUUUGAGACAAGGAUUGAGGCAAGGAUUGGCGAGUUAGAGGAGAAGGUGGAUGAUUUAAAUGUGAAGGUGCAUGAAAUUCGUGGUUGGAUGGCAAGGGAUAGUCCAGAGAAGGAGCAACAACAUUGCUGA